UGGUUUUCCCUUUCUCGAACUUUGGUUGGGUCUCAGUUUUCUCAGAGCAUUCAACAUGUGGUGGUUUUUUGCGAUUUUUCUGCUGUUUGUACUGCAACAUUCAAGAGCCAGCAUUGUACGAGUGCAACCCGUCGUCAGUGAGGAUUCAGUGAAAGUCAGUGUCCAGCUACUAACGCAGUGCAGCUCUUAUUGCCUCCUCAUUGCCGAACCAGUGCUCCAGUACGCGGAAAAGUGUCAGGAAAACAGCAAGGCGUACCAGGAGAAGAAUGACCAGCUGAACAGAUUGCAAACACAUCUGAACGUCUAUAUGGAUAAAGCUAGGGAAAUGGAAAAACUUUUGAACUACAGCAACACGAUUAGGGAAGUCCUGGCGGAGUCCCACACGAACCAGACCAACUUCAGCACCAAUGUGGAGAACAUAAUCAAUGAGUUGGAGAUUGGGAAUCAAAGGAGGAUAAUUAAGGACCUGGAAAAGCAGUUGGAAAAUCGAAACGUACAAAUUAGGGAAGCGGAGUAUGUUAUUGAGAAAAUGAAGGCAGAGUGCCUGAAGGAGAAUAUUACGAGUCAAGAUGUGAGGACUAAGCAGCAGGACGAACCAAUUAACAACAUGACCGUGGAAGUCGAACAGCAAGUGAAUCAAUCGGAAGCCAGCAGGGAGGAUAUCAAGGAUCGACCGAAAAGUCGAUCAUUGAUAAAUGGUUCAGGGAAUGAAGCAUAAUAAUCGGACACAAGGAAGAGCCUAUCGUCGUAUAGGUAGAAAGGUCCUAUACAUCAAAUACCUAUCAAUGUCUAUGCCCGAUUACACUGUAAAGAUAUGCAUAACCCAUGAAUUAAAGACGUGCCCGUCAAUCCAUAAUAAGACGCAACGAUUAAUUAUUUUUAUUUUUUUUUUAAUUUUUUAUUAAUUUUUUUAUUUUUCAUUUUUGCAUUUAUUUCUUAUUUUCUCUUAGAAAUAAAUAUGUUUAGUUUUUGCUUUUGUGUUUCCUCAUGUCUUUGAUUUGUGUUUACGUUUUAUUUAUUUAUUUCAUUAAUUUGCUUCUUUUUUUAUUAUUUGGGUGAAAAAAAAUGUAUUAAUUACUGUACAUAAUUUUUCAUUGAGAACUGCCCUUGAAACGUUCACAAAUUCAAGCCACUACGUUUAGUUUUUUUGUAUAAAUAUAUAUUGUAUGUAUUUAUUGUUUUUUUUUUUUAAAUCAAUUUUUUUGUGAUUUUGUGGUGUUUUUUUUCAAAAAUUACUAAUAGCUUAAAGGCUUCUUGUUUGGUUAAAAAAGUGUUCAAGUAAAACAAUCUGCUUAUCAAAGAGGCGACUCAGACACAACCCAGCCAACGCUCAAGUGUCAAUCGAUAAUUUAUAGAAAUGGACAAAAAUUACUUGUAAAUCAAGGGACUGUGAAAACUAAAAGUAAUAAGUUAUCGUUUAAUUAUCGAUCAUUUAUGGAACUUUUCAAAAAUAUUCUUUUAUAUUUUGUUGAAAUAAAUCAAUCCAAGAAGCUAGUUAUCGAUAAUUUAUCGCUUGCCCUCAGCCUUAAUAAAAAAACUUUAAUAAAUCAUAGCUGAAAUGUAAAUUUGAUCAAAUGAAACAUACGAAUCAACAUAUCCACGGAAUAAUCGAUGAAGCGAUGACAAAAAAGAAACACCUUUCCAUUUCUGGCACACGUUGCUUGUCCUCGUAAUUGAUUUAUUAUCGAAUGCUCAGAUUUAGGCUCUUUAAAGGUUAAUCUUGUGGGUGUUGGUGUGUGUUUAUUCAGUUGCGAUUACUAUACAGAUACGAAUAUAUGUAUAGCGAUAUAGAUUUAUAUAUAUAUGUAUAUAGAUACCGGGAGGGGGGCUUUGAAAGCCCGAACCCCCCCAACGGACCCCAUCAAAAUUGAUUGAAAUCAAAACGAAUUGAAAUCUAUGGGUAUUUCGGAUACAUGUAUUGUGGUAUAUAAUUUUACAACGAAUGGUUACCUCUUUCUCUCCCUCGCUUCCAUAUCUUAUCUGAGUUCUCUUCGAUAUUUUCGCCAUGUUCUACGUAACACCUCUCCUAUCCAUCCGUCAUUGCGCACUGAUCAUACCCGGAUCUCGAUCGCUUAAUUUUAGAGAAGGAAACAAUAAGUUGGUUAUCCCGCCCGAGACAAAAAAAAAAAAUAGGAAAAAUUAUUUAUAACAUUUUCUUCUCUUAUUUGUUGUUUUCUUUUGUGUUUUUCUUUAGAGAUUUAAUAUAUGCUUAUGCAUUGUUUUACCCCACCCGCCCUACAACUCCAGUCGCUGUCCCCGUCACGCACCCAUCGCAAGAUCAUCCUCCUUCCAUGCAUUAUCAUCUCGUGCUUUCGUGUCGUCCUGCUUCGUUCAAGGAUAUGAUAAGGUGCCGACAAUGACAAGGAUUCAGUCUUCGACAGCAUACUUCUGGGUCCACUCACGGGCGUUGCGUAUGGCCUCCGCCUCAUUGACCUUCCAGAGCUCGGCCACAUCGUUUGCCAGGGGAUCAUCGGGAUUGGGUGCGCUGAGCAGAGCCUGAAUCGACAGCAGAAUCGUGCGUAUCUGCAGCGCUGGACUCCACUUGUCCUUGAGCACAUCCAAACAGAUGCGGCCCAGACGAUCGAUAUUGGGAUGAUAGAUCUUCGUUAUGAAGCGCACCUUGGGGGCCGACAUCGGAUAGUCCUCGGGCAGAAACAGUUCCAGCUUGAAGACGCCACCCUCGAAGGGCGAGUCAUUGGGCCCGGUGACGAUCACAUGGAAAUAGCGAGCAUUAUUUUCAUCCGGUAUGGCAUUAAUCCCAGGCACCGGCUCCUGCAUCAGGCGCUGUGUCUCCUUGAUUAUGCGGCGUGGCAGACUCGACAUUUUCUCUUCUUUCCUUCAACUUUUUCCAGCUUCUUCUAGGUGGCUUCCUUCUUCUGGGCUGCUUCUUUGUUACUUCCUCUACUUCAAAACGGUGUGUUGCUCCGUGUGUUU